GUCUUGCGGUGAGGUUUGUCCGAAAGGUGUUGCCGUAUGUCGUUGAUGCGGCCUGUAUAUCCGCAGAAGAAACUACCGACACGCAUUUCAUUGUAAAAAUGCACCCGUGAAAAUCUCAUUCCCUCUUCGUAAUUACAACUGAACGCACUGAAGCCUCGAUGCGGAGGGCGGCAGGUGACGAGGAUGAUUUCUUCGCAGGAAAAGAGGACUGUUUUCGAGAAGAUCGGAGUUGGCUCGACCAGAGCAGGCAUCCGUGAAGAUGUUGGUCCUGGACAGCAGGAGCCAGAGUCCUCCCACUUUAAGGAGGAAGUGGAGGAUGAAGAGCGCCCCUGCAUUCAAGAAAAGGAGGAUCCAGAGCCCCCUAUCAUUAAAAAAGAGGACGGAGGGCAUACUCAUAUCAAAGAGGAGGAGGAGGGGUAUAUCUGCAAGUUGUCAUCAACUGAUGUCUCUUUAAAAAGUGAAGACGAAGACCAAAGUGAAGCGGGGCGAGGAGCGGGGCCUCCACGCAGCAGCUCAUAUCAACACAUAUCAGAAGGUGAUGGAGACCACUGUGUAGUGUCACAAGUGGACAGCCUCUUAGGUAUCCUAACACCACGCCCCACAGCACCACUCGGGAGGAUGGUGAAAUUGGCUUCACCACAACUGGGUCCCAAAUUAUUGAUGCCUGUAGUUAAAACCCUAAAAAACACACAAACGUCAAUUUCACGUCUGAUAGUCGGCCAAAUUUUCACGAAACACAUUUGUAUUUUGAUCACAUUUUGUGGGGUUACGGUGGGCGACUGGUUAACACGUCUGCCUCACAAUACAGAGGUGCAGGGUUCGAUUCCCGCGCCAGCCUUCUUGUGUGUAAUUUACAUGUCCUGCGUGGGUAUUCCGGUUUCCUCCCACAUUACGGAUGGUUGUUCGUCUAUGUGUGCCCUGCGAUUGGCCGAUACCAGUUCAGGGCUACAGCCCGAAGUCAGCUAGGAUACACUCAAACACCGCCGCAAAACCUGUGAGGCCAGGCGUAUUAGAAUAUGAAUGGAGGGAGGGAUAAUGUUUUGUCCAUGGUAUUUCAUGAACAUUUGUUUUUGCCUAAAUGUGGCCAGAUUUGGUCACGCCAGCUGACUAAUAAAUGUUACGAGCCUUAUUACCUUUUUAUUGUACUACCCUUAAAUUAUAAUUGACCACACGUAUAAAUCUAAACAAUGUCUGCCAUCUACAGUUACACUAUGAGAAUUGACUUUGCCAAACCUUUUUUCUUUAUCUUCUUGUGUCUUCAAGAUGUCAGUGAAGAUAUUUGUCCUGAGCUGCGGGAGUCAGUGUCCCCCCACAUUAAAGAGGAAUUGGAGGAUGAAGUGUACCCCUGCAUUCAAGAAAAGGAGGAGCCCGAGCCUCUUAUUAAUCAAAAGGACGAAGAAGAGCACAGUCACAUCAAAGAGGAGGACAAGCAUGUCCAUAACAAGGAGGAUGAAAAAAAGUCUCCCUACAUCAAAGAGGAGAAAGAAGAGCAGAAUAUCUCUAAGCUGCCAUUGACUGAUGGGCCUUUAAAACGUGAAAAUGAGGGUCAAAGUGAAGCGAGCAAAGAGGUGGGGCCUCCAGGCAAUAGCUCGUGUCCAUACAUGACAUCAGAAGGUGAUGGAGGAUCACAAGCAUGUGAAACUGACAAAGGCUGGAAAUGUUCUGAAUGUGGGAAAACUUGUGUUUCAGUGAGCAGUUUGAAGAGGCAUAUGAUUUGCCACACUGGCGAGGAACCCUUUGCCUGCCUAGUUUGUGACCAAAGAUUCUCUCAAAUGGGUCACUUAAAACGUCAUAGACAUUUUGUCUGCUCAGUUUGUGGUCUAACAUUCUUUCGGAAGAUGGAGCUAAGAAGGCACACAUGUGCACACACUGGUGAGAAACCUUUUGCUUGUUCAAUCUGUGGUCGACGAUAUUCCUUGAAGGGAUAUUUGACAGCACACCUAAAGACGCACACUGGUGAGAAAUCUUUUGGCUGCUCACUUUGUGACAAAAGAUUCUCUUUGAAGGGAACCUUAAGAAAGCACAUCAGAACCCACACUGGUGGUCUGCUCAGUUUGUGGCCAGAGAUUCUGUCAGAAGGGACCGUUAUCAAACCACAUAAAACCCAUACUGGUGAUCAACCUAUUUUCUGCUCAAUCUGUGGUCAAAGAUUCUCACGUAAGGAAAGCUUAAGAAUUCACACAAGAACCCACACUGGUGAGAAGCCUUUUGCUUGCUCAUUCUGUGAUAAAAGAUUCUCUCAGAAGGGAACCAUAACAAAGCACAUCAGAACACACACUGGUGAGAAACCCUUUGCUUGCUCAGUUUGUGGUCAAAGAUUUACUCAGAAGGGAGCCUUAAAAGGUCACACAAGAACCCACACUGGUGAAAAGCAUUUUGCUUGCUCAGUUUGUGGUCAAAGAUUCUCACAUAAGGAAAACUUAAUAAUUCACACAAAAACACACUGGUGAGCAACUUUUUGCCUGCUCAGUCUGUGGUAAAAGAUUCUCUCGUCAGGGGAGCUUAAAAAGACACACAAGUACCCACAUGGGGGAGAAAACUUUUGCUUGCUCAGUCUGUGGUAAAAGAUUCUCUCAGAAGGGAAUCUUAUUAAAUCAUAUCAGAACACACACUGGUGAGAAACCCUUUGCCUGCUCAAAUUGUUGCCGACGCUUUUCAUGGAAAUAUCAGGUGAAGAACCAUGAGUGUGUUGCAAUGCACCAACACACUCAUCAAUGAAGCUUUGGUUUCUCAUCUGAUUAGGCUUCACUUCAUGCUCCAAGGAUGACUGAAUUCUAUGCAGCAUCUUGCAAGGUUCCUCAAUGAAAGAAAUGUUUGUGUUUGUUGUGUUGAAAAUAUUGUGAGUUGUAAAUUUGUUGAGAUUUUUUUUAAUUUUAAUUUUGAAAUUUGGCUAUGAAAUUUAGUUGUACUUUAGUUAGUGUGUUUGAUCAUAUUUAGACCCUAAAAUACAUUUUAGUUCAUUUAUUUAUUCAUUUUUAAAUUUGAUGUCAUAGUGUUGUGGAUGAAUUGAUAGUGAAGGGAUUUUCAUGAAUAUGCUUUCAUAUUACUUUUUCACAGUUUUUCAUGUAUUCACAACACGCUUGCUUUUGUGUCACGGCUGCCUCAUAUCAUCAUAGUUGAGGUAAUACAGUAGUUGAAAAUGUAUGACUGCAAAUAAUACUCUGUUUCUGAGUCUCA